AUGCAUCACGUGCUCUGUCCCGCAAAGUCAAUAGCACUGAAAGAAGUCGCUUCAUUUUACUACAAAUUUACAGAUUGCAAAGGAGUGCGAGGCAUCACAAUAUUCGUUUCGAUGGCGAAGCCAACUUCAUUGCCCUCUGCAUUUGUCAUAUCAGGGUUGCUAAGAAGCUUCCUGGGUAUCCGUCCUCUGCUUCCUACAACAUACUACAGAAAAAAUAGCUUGACCACCUCAUGUCAACAAUUUACGACCAAAAUUUGGCAACCUGCUUCCUCUCACUCAUUUAGCAAUCAUUUCCCAAUACUUUCACAAUCAUCAGAGACUCCUGAGCUAUCACCCAGCUGCUCUUCGGCCACCGACCAGCCACAUCGAACUGACGAACGUAGGCCCAACUCCGAUCGAAGAGAUAAAAACCUCAAUUCUAAAUCGACCACCAAAGCCUCCCCUGCCAUUCUAAAGCAUGAUUCAAAGUCAAAAAUCCCGUGCAGCUCGAAAUCUGCAACGCAAAAAAGAGAAAAUUCCGAUAACCCCCGGGAGCUGGAGCCCUGGCAAAUACAGAAAAGAGCUUUAAAGAAGAAGUUCCCGGAGGGGUGGAAUCCACGAAAGCGCCUUCAUCCAGAUACCCUCGAUACCAUCCGACAUUUACAUCAACAGGACCCUGCCACAUAUUCGACUCCGGCCCUCGCGCAAGAAUACAAGGUGUCUCCGGAAGCAAUCCGGCGAAUCUUGAAAAGCAAAUGGCGGCCAAGCCCGGAGAUUGCUGCAGAACGGCGGGAACGUUGGGAAAAACGACAUAAAAGAAUUUGGAAUCAGUUGUCGGAAAUUGGCGUUCGACCGCACAGGCCAAGCUUUGCUGAUGUUUCCGAUACUAAGGUUCUUGGGAAGAAGCGUCGAACCUAG